GGCUGCUGUACUGCUGACGUCGCUGUCUAGUUCACCGAGUCUUCCAGACCACGUGCUUCAUGCUUUGAGUCCGGGAGGACCUUGGUGUUCUGAAAUGAAGAUGGAGGCAGUGGGAAAAGCAGAAGAAAUAGUUGAUUCGGAAGUUCCACCAAAGAGUUCUGAAAAGCGAGAGACUGCUCCUGAUGAAGAUGGACCUAUAGAACUGGAGACACAGACUGAGAAAGACGACGUGCCCGCUGCAGCGGACUCCGCGGUGCUCUCCUCAAUGCCUUGCCUACUGAUGGAACUGAGGCGAGACUCCUCGGAGUCUCAGUUAGCGUCUACAGAGAGUGAUAAGCCAGCGGAUGGUCAAGUUUAUGAGAGUGACUCUUCUAACCAUUGCAUGCUUUCCCCUUCUUCCAGUGGGAAUUUGGCUGACUCGGAUACAUUAUCGUCCACAGAAGAGAAUGAGCCCUGUCAAGCUGAAGCUUCUGUAGAGGGAGACCCUUCUGCGGUAUCUGGGUCUGCAGCGGGGAGGAAAUCCAGGCGAUCCAGGUCUGAAAGCGAAACUUCAACAAUGGCUGCCAAGAAAAACCGACAGUCUACUGAUAAGCAGAAUGGUCGAGUUACCAAGGUAAAAGGUCAUCGAAGCCAAAAGCACAAAGAAAGAAUCCGGCUCUUAAGACAGAAGCGAGAGGCAGCUGCUCGCAAGAAGUACAACCUGCUGCAGGACAGCAGUACCAGCGACAGUGACCUGACGUGUGACUCGAGCACGAGUUCAUCAGAUGAUGAAGAGGUUUCAGGGAGCAGCAAGACAAUCACUGCAGAGAUACCAGGUAGAGGAUGUUUUUUAAACUGAGCUGUAACGCAUCUGACAUCGUUUCUCAGCUGUCAUGCUAAAUUAGAUGAGUGACACUUGAGCAAAACCAGGAGAACUGCAGCUCUGUGUAAAUUUGAAGACUGCAGUAUAUUAACAAGACAUGGGCAAAAUUUUAAAUCUGUUCUGAGGUUUUAGCGCAGUUUUGCACACCAGCAAAGCAUAGGAAUGGUAAAUUGGAGGAAGGACUAUCUUUGAAUCUUGAAUUCUGGAAUUUUCAGAUCUGUUUCUUUGUAAGCCUAUCUGAGCUCCUAUGAGUGUUGUCAAAACCCAUU